AUGGCGAAUCCGACCCAGCAGGGGUUCUUUGUUCCCGACCUGCUGGCAACCCUGCCCAACACCCUCGCCUCCAUCAUCGACCAGCGCGUCAAUGCCAUCGUCGACCAGCGUUUCCAGGACAUCGAGCAGCGCCUCGACAACGUCGAGGCUGUCCUCAGAGCCGAGGGCCGCCUGGCCCCACCCCGCCAGAGCCCGCUGCGCGCCCAGGUCCAGCACCACCAGCAACAACAACACCACCAGCCUCAAUUCCAACAGAACGUGAACCCUCCUCCGCCUCCCCAGCCCCAGUCCCAUCACAACCAGAAUGUCGUCGACAAUACCGACCCCGUCCUGGCCCUCGCCAGCGCCAACCAGGCUGCCGCCAUGACUGCCCACCCUGCGCCGCCUCAGCAGCAACAGCCGCAGAUGGCCCCGCCGCCAGCCGCAGUCCUCCACGCCAUGCCCCCGAUCGUGGCUAUGGAGAUCCCGCCCGAGGGCUUCCCCAUCUCCAGCCGCGCCACCAUGCAGCUCGAGCUGGACCAGUUCACCAUCCCGCGCGGCUACUCGAUGCGCAUGAGCGGCACCCGCGACAUGGGCAAGGGCAAGCGCAAGAUCCGCUGGAUCUGCUUCCGCGCGGGCGAGGCCCGCUACAGCGAGGCCUCCAAGGCCGCCGGCAUGCCCGAGCGCAGCUCCAAGAAGUGCAACUGCCCCUUCAAGUUCGAGUGCGUCGAGACCUUCCGCGACUCCAACAUGUGGGUCGUCCACCACCACAUCACCCCGGGCACCACGACGCACAACCACCCGCCGUCGGACCCUAGCGAGGACCCGCGCAGCCGGAAGCUGCCCCCCGCCGUCGCCUCCGAGGUCGACGGGUGGCUGAGGCAGGGGUGGCAGGUCAGCAAGAUCAUGACGGAGCUCAAGAACCGCGGCUUCAAGAACGUCCUCAGCCGCGACCUGUAUAACCGCCGCCAGCAGCUGAAGCGCGAGGACGAGAGCGGCGAGGCGUAG